AUGUUUUCUCGCAAAUCAUUCCCAUUGAUUAAUCAUAUUUCGCGACGAUUUGUUGAAAACCUGCCGAAAAAUAUUCGCCUUGAACUUGACCCUGAUGUCAAUAAACAAACAGAAUCCAAUGAUCGAAAACUAGCGUUCUUCAAAGAACACAAAGGAAAAUUCCAUUGUAAAACUGAACUACCCAGAAAACUAGAAGAAAGUAUCAAUGCAAUUCUAUCCGAUAUUGAGCCACAACGUUUGAAGAUCGAUAGAAAAUCGCUACAAGAUCAUUUAGUUGAAAGACGUUUACCACUCGAACGACGCGAAUUACAAUCCAUCGCUCAGAAUGUUAUUGAAAACUUAAUCAAAGCUGAACCACCGAUCAAUACGUUAGCAAUGAGUCCAGAUCAACGCGAACAGGUCAAUUUGCUUCGACAACGGGAAUUAGUCAAACGAUUGAAAUCAUCGAUCUAUCAUUGGCAACCAUUAGCAUUUGAUGAAUAUAAAUCCAAAGUGUAUUUAGCGGCUAAUUUUGCUGCACACUAUGCGAUGUUGGUACAAAUUUUCAAUGAAAUUAAACGAAGAGAACGAGACUUUCAACCUGUUCGAAUGUUAGAUUUCGGAUCAGGAACUGGCUCUGUCAUGUGGGCAGCUUUACAUACAUGGGGAAAAAGAGCAUUUGCUGAGCUUCUCAACAUUGAUAAAUCACGCGAAAUGAAUAAUCUUUCGCAACUAAUCUUACAGGGUGGCCAACAAAACAAAGUUCCACUUGUUCCGAAUGUUAUCUAUCGACAAUUUAUGCCGCACGGACGUGAAAAUACAUUCGAUCUUGUAGUUGCUGAUCAUACAUUAUUCGAACUAGAAAAUCGAUUCGAACGCUUGAAAACUAUUCGUUCACUAUGGUACAAUGUCAAACCAAAUGGAUUUCUAAUUCUUGUCGAACAGGGCACUAUACAUGGAUAUACAGCAAUUAAUGAAGCUCGUGAAAAUCUCCUAUACCGUAUCGCUACAUCAGGCGAUUCAAAGGAAAAAAGCACUGAUGUGAAUAGCGAAGAAUCAACAACGACCGAAACUGAUGACUCAUCAUCGUCGGAGAGACACUCGUCUCCAGCACAUAUGUUCUCACCGUGCCCUCAUGAGUUAAUAUGUCCGAAAAAGCAAUUAAAUAUUCCAUGUCGAAUAUCGACUCGUUAUCGGCCAUUACAAAUUUUCGAUAUCAAACAAAAUUUGCCUGAUUAUACAAUGACAGAUAUGUCGUAUAUCGUGGUGAGAAAAGCAGAACGUGAUAGCAAUGAUGUAUAUAUGAAAUGGCCACGUGUUAUUGAACCGAUCGUUGAUCGAAAACAUCAUCAGCAUGUUCGAUUAUGUUGUCCAAACGGGCAAUAUGUCAAUGUGCCGAUUUCCAAGAACAAACAUGGAGUAGGUCUUCAUCGUUUAUCACAUCAUGCUGCACCUGGAGAUCUGUUUCCAGUAACUGGCGAAGUGAUUCAAGAAUCGCCAAUCGUAGAAAAAGAAGUGCCAACAGUUUCCGAACCAAGGAAACGACAAAGACGAGCAUAUCGCACAUAA